AUGACACAGCGUCAUUUUGCCCUCGGGCUGUUGGCCCUCCUCUCGUUUCUGGUCUGGACAGGAGCCGAGAAGCCCUACAGCGUGGAGCUGAAUUCCUUCGACAAGGAUUCGAUGAUCGACAACCAGGAGAAGUGGGUGGACUGGGGCACUCUGCGGAUGAAGAAGGUCGGACGCAACAAGUUCGUGGUGGCCGGUGAUUUUGAGUUCAAACUGAAUAUGGGCGAUGAACAGAAAAUAGCCCUGCGGGUGUUCGUCUAUGACUCGGCGGCCAAGCAGAAGGGUCCUCUGGUUAUGAAUGUAAACAAGCCCUUCUGCCAGUUCAUAAAUGAGGACCAGGACACCUAUCCCGAGAUCCAGAAGUCCUCGAACCUGCCCGAGCAGGGAAACUGCCCUUUUCCGAAAGGCCAGUACAAGAUCGAUAACUAUGAAAUGGAGACCAAUUUCCUGCCCGACGAUGCCCCCAAAGGCGAUUACAUCAUCGAGCUGAGUCUCCAGGAUCGGGAGAUCCCAGUGGCAGGACUUGUGGCAAUUGUAACUCUCACCUAGUGCAGAUGCUUUGUUUUUUUUUGUAUUUUUUUUUAGCUUAAGAUCUUGGAUCCCCAUUGACACCACAAGCGCUCUUGCUUCAGGGCCCCGUAUAUUUAUUUUUUUGUUCUGAUUCCAAAUACAACGAUUUCGCUUUCAAAGACACAGA